AUGGGUAGCUCCCUGGCAGGAGAGAUGCCUCCAGAGGCUUUCCUGAGGCCAAGCCCCGUACAUCGCAUUGCGUCACAUAGUGCUGCACCAAGCCGCAUGCCCCGAUUUUCCGCAAGGCAAUCUGCCUCGAGCAAGUUUUCAGCCGAUGCGAUGGCGGUUGCAGGAGCAAUGGCCCUUGGAGUCACCGGAGGCUUUCAGGCCUCCAGACGAUCAUGCCGGACCCGAGAGCUUCGCGCGCGCAUCGCUCGUGCUAUGUCUCCUAUGUCUCCUGGCGACUAUGGCUUACCACCAAAGCUCGCAGGGAUGGCCGGUGCUCUGUCAGCUUUACCAAAUGACCGCAUGCGAUACCAGCAGCUCAUGGCAUUGGCUGGAAAGCUGAAACCCAUGGCCGACGAUCUGAAAGUCCCAGAGAACAAGGUACCAGGAUGCUUGAGCGUCGUUCAUGUGCAUGCUUCUUUGGAAGAGGACGGCACUGUAACGUUUCAGGGAGAUUCCGAUGCUUUGAUCUCCAAAGGUUUGGUUGCCCUCCUGGUACUGUGUUUGAGCGGCUGCACUCCAGAAGAGAUUGCUGGUGUUCAGCCAGAAUUCAUCAAGGCCUCUGGAAUUUCAGCUUCCCUAACACCCGGGCGCAACAACGGAUUCUUCAACAUGUUCAAGUUGAUGAACAAAAAGGUUGCACGGCUGAAAGCUGCCAAAGCUGCCGAAUCUGGCGAAUCUGGCGCCAUGAAGGCCGGUGAAGACACGGAGACCGAGGAAACGCCGGAACUGCAGAUCUACAACACGCUCAGUCGAAGCAAGGAAGCGUUUAAGACCUUAGAGCCUGGAAAGGUGAAGAUGUAUGUUUGUGGCGUCACUGUCUACGAUCUUUGCCAUCUAGGCCACGCGCGCGUCAUGGUGUUCUUUGAUAUUGUGGCGCGGUUUCUGAGGCAUUUGGGCUACGAUGUCACUUUUGUCCGCAAUGUGACAGACAUUGAUGACAAGAUCAUCAAGAGAAGUCAGGAGACUGGUGAGACUGCAGAGGAGUUGGCCCGAAGGAUGGAAGAAGAGAUGGCUCGGGAUGCAAAAAGCUUGGGCUGCACAUCGCCAGACUUUGAACCGAGAGUCUCUGAAUCGAUCGAAGAGAUCACUAGCAUGGUUGAAACGCUUGUGAAGAAGGACUUCGCAUAUGCUGGCAAGGGCGAUGUGUACUUCCGAGUGCGACGCUUUGAGACCUACGGGCGGCUAUCCAGGUGUAGCUUGGAUGGUAAUGAAGCUGGUGCACGCGUCGAGGUGGCUGACGUCAAAGAGGCACCGGAGGAUUUCGUGCUGUGGAAGUCUGCAAAGCCUUCAGAGCCUUCCUGGGAGUCACCAUGGGGGCCUGGUCGACCUGGAUGGCACAUUGAAUGCAGCGCGAUGGCAAAGCGCUACCUUGGCGAUACUCUGGACAUCCACGGCGGAGGGCCGGAUCUGGUUUUCCCGCAUCAUGAAAAUGAAAUCGCACAAAGCGAAGCAGCCAAUGACCAGCCAUAUGUCAAAACGUGGAUGCAUUGUGCGGCUGUGCGAAGCACUGGCAACGAGAAGAUGUCAAAAUCAUUGGGAAACUUCGUCACCAUCAGAGAUGUGCUCAAGCAGUACGAUGGAGAGGUGGUGCGGUUCUACCUCUUGAGCUCCCAGUAUCGAAGGCCUAUGAUGUAUUCGGAAGAAGCCUUGGAAGAGGCGCAGGAGCGUCUGCUGAAGCUCUACAGUUCACUGCGGGGAGCCGCCGGAGCGCAGACGGAGUCGCCAGACCCUGAGUGCGAGCAGCAGCACCGCUUUUUGGCCGCCAUGGCAAAUGAUUUCGACACUGUGAACGCAAUCGCAGCUCUGACAGACUUGUCCAGAGAGCUGCUGCAGCUUCAGCAGGGUGAUCAUGGUGCCGAGUUCCAGACCAAAGCAAGGCAACUGCGCGCCAUGGGAGCAGUUCUUGGGAUUUUGCAGCGAGAUCCCGAGGAGGUCUGCAAAGGCCCUGUGGAUUCCGACUUCGAGGCAAAGGUGGAGGAUCUGAUCCAGGCUCGUGCCGAUGCGCGGAAAGCCAAGGACUUUGCCAAAGCCGACGCCAUCCGAGACGAGCUCACAGGCAUGGGCGUAGUUAUCGAAGACGGUGCUAAAGGAACCUCCUGGCGUGUAGCCUCAUUGGCCUGAGAGAAGACAAGAGCCAUCAAGAACCAAAAAAUGAGUGGAUUCCAACUG